CACACAGAGAUCCAGACGGGGGCAUUUCCUGUGGAAUGAGGACUGGGGCAUCAGCAGUACUCUGAGCCAGUGUCACCUCAUGACUGGGAGAAGGGAGAGACAAAGCUGGACAGAGAGAGUGAGAGAAGGAGGGAAAGAAAGAGAAGGAGAGAGAGAGAGAGAGAGAGAGAGGAUCAAUCACAAUCAGUUGAAACAGUGAUGGCAAUGGAGGGACAAACAGUUGACCUCAUUGUUCCAGAAAGAUCAGCCUUUUGGCAGAGUGACUAUGCAAGGAGAUUGCAAAGGGGAGGGGGAUGCAGACAACAUGAACAAAGACACAGUCUGGGUGGGAUGGGAGUGAAAGGCCUAUAAAUAUGGUGCAGAAGAGCACAGUGGUACCCAUCUGACCCAAGCCAAACAUCCCUCUGCACCAUUGUUUUUACAUUUUCUCUGGAAUCUCAACAUGGAUAUCCCCAUCCAGAAUCCCUGGUACCGUCGGGCCUUCCCACAUCGACUCUCUGACCUCUCCUUGGCAGAACCGCUCACUGAUUGGCCACUUAUAUGGCCCUUGUCCUGGUCCUUCCCCUGGAUGCGUCCUUCAUUCAUGCGCUGGUUCAACUUGUUUGAAAAUGGUCACAGUGAGAUGCGCAUUGAAAAGGAUCGCUACGUCAUUUAUUUGGAUGUGAAGCAUUUCUCACCUGAUGAGCUGUCAGUCAGUGUCGGUGAUGAUUUCAUCACAAUACACGCCAAGCAUGACGACAGACAGGAUGACCAUGGCAUUGUGUCAAGAGAGUUUCUAAGGAAGUACAGGCUUCCUGCUGGUGUGACAGGUGCUGAUGUCACCUCCAGUCUGUCAGUUGAUGGUGUGCUUACAAUCACUGCACCUCGGUCAUCUUCUGGCAUGGAGCGCAGUAUUCCUAUUUCCUGUGAAGAUGGAACACAGAAACAGAAAAUGUAGAGAGAGUCUGCAGAGUCUGAUGCCCACUACACUGUUUCAUUGUUUCACUGCUAACACCAAGUGCUGCCUCUUUUAAUAUUUAACCUGUUAUAGUUUUGUUGGCAGUUCAGUACACAUAUACAGUAGGUGGGACGUAUAGGUCUAGAUGUCUACAAGUGCAAGUGCCUGCUAAUAAACCAUUAUCUAAUUCCUAACUUAUUGUAUUUUGAUGUUCCUUCAAGACAAUGGUGCUUUUAAACCAAAGGCUAACAUGUUGCACACAUGUACCAAAGUUGAUUUGUCAUUCCUUAGGGUUAAUUUCCCUUACCAUUAAAGCCUACAAAAUCAUUCUCGCAUUUAGAGAGGCAUUUCAUUUUCUUUCUCAGUAGGCAUCUGGCAUUUAUUAUAUGUCUGUACUGUCCUGGCCAAGCAGCUUAGUGACAAAACUGUAAGCAUUUGGUAAUUGAAGCCAGACUAGAUUGCCUCAUCUUAAGGGAGUCGAAAUGUAAACACUUCUUGUCAACAAAAGAUGACAGCAGACUAAAAUUGUUUGACUUAAUUGUAUCUUCAGUAUACACUACUGUCUUCAAGACUUCUAUUCUUUGAGAAUAGCUUUUGAAUGUGUGAGGAACAGGGAGUUAUCUGGAGACAUAUACUGUCAUUUUUGGUUUGUCUACAAAAAAAAAAAAAAAAAAAAGCCAAAAAGUGACCAAAGAACAAGGGACCAGGUGUGUACUUGCCGAGAGGAAAAGAGAGGGUGAAUGAGUGGGAGGGAACAUAGUGUGUUGAGGGUGGAGUCAGACAGCUUUAAUCAGUGGGCUCCCUUUACAGCAGGGAGAACGGUCUCUGAGCUGCUAAGAAAAGUGCAUGUGUGUGUGUGUGUGAAUGUACCAGCAUGUGAGAUGAGUAGAUGCAGGAUUUACAGCUCUAUCAUUCUUUCAUAUUGGCAACAACCCUCUGACAUAUUAACACAGAAAUCAAAUAGAAUAAAUGA